GGGUGAGGCUAUGAUCACUGUACACAACUUUCCCUCGUUCAACAUGAAGGCCCUUGAUCUAGAGGCAAAGAUCGGGCAUGGGCACCAACCCACUACGGAUGGUAGGAAGAAGACUGCCUCCGAGCUGGGAGGCUAAGGGGCACAUUAUGUUCGUCGGUAACGAUGGUUUUACCCUAGAGUUAGAUGACGAUUUCCAAGUGGGAGUAGGGCCAGAGUCGGGUAGCGCAGAAGCUUCAGAGGAUGGAGUAGUCGCUGCCUCAAUUCAAAAAGCAGCUCUGGUGCAGUAUGACUUCGAACCUCAGUACAUCAAAGGGGAGUACAACAAGGUUGCUGAUGCGUUGUCGCGUAGGCCAGAUUUCCUUGGUGCGCUGAUCACUAAGUUUGGGCUUGCAGACAAUAUUGCUCAGUCCUUGGUGGAAGCCUAUCGCGAGGAUCCAUUCAUGGCAGAGAUCAUACGCAGAUUCGAGGCAAAGGACAAGGUGACUUCUGACGAGUUUGUGUUGGUCGAUGGUCUGCUGUUCCUCGAGAAGACCGGGAAUAAACGCGUAUGUGUGCCAAAUAGAGAGUCUUUGCGUAGUUUAUUUUUAGGCGAGUGCCAUGAUGCCACCGGACAUUUUGGCUAUAAGAAGACUACCGCAAAUUUGUUGCAGCAGUUCUGGUGGCUCACGAUGAUGAAAGACGCCAAGCUGUUCAGUAAGUAUGCUAGGUUAGUUGCCAUGCCGGAAACAGCGAAGACCGAGUACAUAAUCAAACUGUUCAAAGAGAACUGGGUCAGAGACUCUGGCCUGCCAAAGUCCAUUAUUAGUGACCGGGAUGUACGAUUCACCAGUGAGCUGUGGAAGGCUGCAGCUGCUGAACAAGGGACUCAGCUGCAGAUGACCUCCGGGAACCACCCUGAGGCAAAUGGACAAGCAGAGCAGCUGAACCGUGCUCUUUUGCUGUGCUCUUAUUUGGUGGAACUCGAGUUGCAAUUCUGCUUUUGGUUCGAGGUCAAGACCAUCUGGUCUCAUGUGUAUGAUGCUGCUUGGUUUCUGGCAUUCGAUAUCGCUCAUUUUCCUUGCAAGCCCAACCCCUUCAUUGUGGGCAUUGUCAUUUGGGUUAUCUUUAUGCUGGUACCUGUGUCAUUCUUCAUCAAUCUGAGGCGAAAGAAGUUGCUGGGACUUCCUGACAGAGGCACUAGAGGGAUAAGCUACCGCCAAGCAAUUAGUGCAAGGGACAAGAUGAUCGACAAAACCAUGACUGUAAUUCCAGGGCGAAUCGCGCACUACAUGCCAUACUUCAGGGAUCGUGGCAUGAAGAAGCUCAUCAAGGAACUUUAUGAGAUGCCGAUGCAAGGCUGGGAAGCAAUUCCUGAUCCGCUGGAAGGCCAACUUGAAAGCACUAUGGUGGACAUGAGACAUCCACAAGACCCCAUUGACAUGUCCAUGGAUUACAACAUGUCGACCAUCCAGUUCUUCCCCCAUUCAAUACACCACAUGCCAGAGUUACCAGAGGAUAUAGACGAAGGACUGGAGUCUCCAGUUCCCACUGACGAUCUGUUUGGUGCCCACCCUUCUUCCGCGCAGUUAAUUGGGAGAUGAAGCGCUGCACUGGAUGCACGCAGGUCGAUUGAAUGUCAAUGAGGAAGGGUAGAAGAACAUCCCAUCCACACAUCCAGAGGGUAGUAUCAGGUCUGUUUCAUGGCCCCGCCAUUAUCCACUCUAGCUGAGGGAUGCAAGGGGAAGCCACAGGAGAGUGUGCUUUUUGCAGCGGGGAGAAUGAGCUAUCCGGCUGCAAUGCAGAUAGAGACAUCCAGAUUCCAGUGUCAGGUGCCGAUUUGCAGAAGAUAGACACACAUCCAGACGAGCGUAUCUUGGUCUGUUUCAUGCCCCCACCAAUUUUCCACUUCAGCUCGGAGAGGCAAGGGAAAACCACAGGAGAGUGUGCGUUUUGCAGCAGGCAGAAUGAGCUGUCCAGCUGCAAUGCGGAUGGAGACAUCCAGAUUGCAGCGUGAGGUGCCACUUCACAGAAGAUAGACACACAUCCAGACGAUAGUAUCAGGUCUGUUUCAUGCCCCCGCCAUUUUCCACUCUAGCUCAGAGACCCAAGGGACAGCCACAGGAGAGUGUGAUGUUUGCAGCUGGUAGAAUGAGCCAUCCAGCUGCAAUCCGGCUAUAGGUACAUCCAGUGUGACAUGGCAAUUUGGGGAAGAUGAAUAACCUAGGCAGUGAAGCUUUCAUGGUAUCUAGAGAAGGAACAGAAGGCCUGGGGGAAGUCGAGUGGCCCCCCACCCCUUCUUACAUAUAGACGAGUGUUCCCCCCCACUACGUAUUUAUGUGUUAAGCAGUCACAGCAUCAUAUCCAAGGUCUGCAACAUGAUGACGUGGUAUCAUGACAUGCGCCUCUUCAUGAAAUCCGAGGAUGGCCCAAGCUGCUGAGGAAAAGUUGGGAAUGGGGCGCACUCAGAAGCCGGUGGUUGCUAUUACACUGAUCUGUUUUUUCGCGCUACGUUCCAGGUGGAAAAAAACGAGAAUGCACUUGAAGGCCACUUGUAUGAGACUGUGUUUAAAUCUAGUGAGGCGGUGGAUGCUAACUGUGGUUAAAUCCAGCGAGGAGGCAGACGCUAACUGUGGUUAAAGUUACCGUUAAACCCAGUCAGGAGGCGGACGCUAACGGUUGUUAAAUCCAGCGAGGAGGCGGAUGCUAACUGCAGUUAAACCCAGUGAGGAGGCGGAUUCACAAUCUGACACUUUGACCUAUUAAGUUAUAUUCGCCGUGGUCCCGACUCGCUCGAACCGACGAAGUGUUAAAGGUGGUUAAAUCCAGCGAGGAGGCGGAUGCUAACCGUGUGGCAUACAUUGGCUUGUUGACUUCAGUGGGAUGCACUGGCUUGUUGACUUCAGUGGCAUACAUUGGCUUGUUGACUUCCAUGGAUUGCUCGUUUGGUCAGGGCAAUGACAACCAGUCCAUGGCCCAGAAGGGUGAGGAGCGCAUCCCGACCGUAAUUUGGGCGCCGAAUCUGAAUGAAAAGUGGUACUUCUUUUCUGUGCUGGGGCUACGAUUAAAAAUAUGGUAGAUAUGUGACUAUGUGGGAAGCACCCAUCAGAUGUGUGACGUGCACACACAGUCCUCUGGAGUGUGUGGUUUGAAGGAAGGAACCAUUAGGUGUUAUCACAGAUGAGGCCAAGUAGAUAGAUGGUCUUACGGUAUGUUUCAGCAAAAGAUCGAGAGCAGAGAACGGAGUUUGAUACUCUCCUGUCGAAACGAACAAGUGAAGUUGAAAGGGUCGGGAAGACGAAGGGGGGAUAGAGGGAGGGAGGGAGGGAGGGAGAGGGGGGGGGGCAUACAAGAGAGGUCUGGUCUGCCAUAACAGCAGCCAAGCUUUUGCAACAAGACAAGUUUCAUGGGAAGGCCACAGAAGAAUGUUUGAGCGGUUGCACAUCAAGGAUUCUUCCUGGUGAUGCCGCACAAAUCAUGUGCACUUCCCGAUGUUGCAUUCCUGGGCUCGCCGCAUGGCAAUGUAAUUAACAUCGCCGUUGGCCAAGAAAGGAGAGGAGGUCGGGUUUGUACAGAGCCAGCACACGUGUGUGUAUGUGCGAGAGAGAGAGAGAGAGAGACAUACACACGGGUCAGCAUAGCCUGGAGGAGGGUCUGCUUCCCCAAAAACGACCGCUCGAAGAUAACAAAACUACUAUAGAGUCUGGACUCUAGAUGUACGACUUUUGGCCUCAAAGAAUUAUGGUACAUCGGUAGCAGGUAUUCACUGUGCUGUUUUCCUAGGGCAGGUGUUAAUACAGAAUAUAUACAGUCACAACGGUGUCCAAUGUUAUUAAACAUAUGCUAAAUAAGUAGAGUGAUUCUGUACAGUACAGUCAUUCCAUUCCAUUGUUACAUUCAUAUGAACUCU